AUGUUAGAUAUUCAAGUAGAAUUGAAUAAGAACCCACGAAAUACCAUUUUAAUGGAACAAGAACAAAGGGCCAGAGAUAAAUACACUUAUUACCAAAGAGCCCAUAACUCUUUUUUAGCUCAAAAGGCUAAAAUUGAUUGGGUUCAAAAUGGUGAUGAGAAUACGGCCAUUUUCCAUGCUUUUUUGAAAGCUCGGAGAGUCCAUAAUAGAAUUAACUGCAUUCGGAAUGAGAGGGGUAUUUGGAUGGAUAAACCAGGGGAUAUUCAACAAGCAUUUCUGAGCUAUUACCAGAAAUUGUUAGGGACUUCAAUGAGGAACAGAAGGAAGGUUUUUCAUUCUAUAGUGGCUGCUGGGAGGAAGGCACCUGGGCCGGAUGGGUAUGGGAGCUCUUUUUAUCAGGACAACUGGGAUCUGGUGGGUCAAGAGGUAGGUGCUGCUGUGACUAACUUUCUAAACACUGGUUUGCUUCUUAAAGAGAUAAAUGCAACAACCAUUACACUCAUUCCUAAAGUCAAGUGCCCGAAUAGUGUCCAGGAUUUUAGGCCUAUCUCUUGUUGUAACGUGAUAUAUAAGGCAGCCACAAAGAUUAUUUGCUCUCGCUUAAGGCAAAUUCUUCCUGAUAUAAUAGCUGAAAACCAAGGUGGGUUUGUUCAUGGGAGAUAUAUAGCCUAUAAUAUUAUGGUUUGUCAGGAUAUUGUUAGGCAUUAUGGAAGAAAGAAUUGCAAACCAAGUUGUAUGAUUAAAAUUUAUUUGAGGAAAGCUUAUGACACUAUUGAAUGGGGUUUUAUUGAAGAAAUGCUGAUUGUUUUCCAUUUUCCCCAAAAGUUCAUUGAUCUCAUUAUGAGUCUUAAACUCUUCUCAAUGACUUCUGGUUUACUGCCUAAUAAUGAAAAGUCAGCUGUGUAUUGUAGUGGCAUGCAGGAGGUAGAGGUGGCCCGAGUGCUUGAGAUGUCUGGUUUUAAUAGAGCUCAUCUCCCUUUCAGAUAUCUUGGCAUUCCUGUUUGUUCCAAAAAAAAUUCAGCAGCUGAGUGUAAUGGUAUCCUUGAGAAAAUGGUUGCUAGAAUCAGAGUGUGGAGUACGAGACACUUGUCUUACAUGGGAAGAGUCACUCUAAUCAAUUCUGUUUUGAUUACUUUGCACUCUUAUUGGGCCCAAAUAAUGGUUCUUCCUAAAAGGUUAUUAAAGGGUGUUGAAGCUAUCUGCAGGGCGUUUCUCUGGAAAGGUUUGGCUGAUAGUACUAGUCCGGGGUUAGUAGCUUGGCAUCAAGUUUGUUUGCCUAAGACAGCUAGUGGUUUAGGCUUUAGGAAGGUUUUUGAUUGGAAUUUGGCUGCAAUGGAAACUGGUGGGAGUACCAGGUGCCUUUUGAUUGCAGCUGGUACUAGAAGCGGGAUGAGAUAUAGUAUUAAAGCUGGUCAUGAACUGCUGUUUGAGCAUCCUGUUGCAGUUAAAUGGAGCAAAGUUGUUUGGGAUAGGCUGAGCAUUCCGAAGCAUAGAUUUGUGCUUUGGCUGGUCAUGAUGCAGAGGCUUCGUACUAGAGAGCAAUUGCACAAGUUUCAGCCAUUAAUAGACCAAUCUUGUCUGCUUCGUGGAGGUGAUAUUGAGAGUAUUGGUCAUCUCUUUUUUCAUUGUCAAUAUAGCAGUUCCUGUUUGCAGAAGAUCAAGCAAAGUUUGGGUUGGAAUUCAGUUUCCUUAAAUCUGGAGCAACUUUUCUGUUGGACUCACAAAGCUAAGAGAUUGAGUGUUGUUCGGAAGAGCAUCCUUUACUCUGUUCUUACAGCCCUCGUGUAUCAUAUAUGGAGAGUGAGAAAUGAUGCUUUUUGGAACAAUAAAGUUUGGCAUGUAGAUAAUACUGUACAAAGAGUUGUUAGAGAGAUUCAGUUUAGACUUUCUCUUGUAAUGCCUAAAAAGGCUAAAGCUAUAGAUAGGGAAUGGGUCACUAAGUUCAGUAUGAGCUAG